AUGGCAUUAAUUUCUGGCAAAAUAAAUCUAUAUGAGCUAUCGACAAAAUCCGUGAGGUCUCCCUCCUUAAGCCAAUCCUCAAGUGUAUCUUCCUUGGACACAAAUGGAUUAAGAAGGAAAGCCAGAUUCGACGAUAGGUCGGCAACAAAGAUUAGUUUGGCCUUGAAACUGUACAGGAACGAAUCUAUUAAAAGUAAAGAUAGCUCAGUAAAACUGCAAAAUACGGAGGCUAUAGAAAUGGAGCAACGCAGAAUGUUUAGUUGGUCACCGUUGAAAAAGAUAAACGAAUUGAUCAUGUCAUCAAAGUUUGAACAGGGUUCAGUUACUCACGUUAUAUCAAACUCAAUAUACAUUGCUGUGGCAACAAUCAAAUCCAACAUUGUGAUAUUCAACUAUAAGCAAACCAUCGAAGUCAUAUUGAAAGUGGGUACGGGCGAUGAGGACACAAACAAUGACAUCACCAGAGGUGAUGAAAUCACAUCUAUGGCAUUUUCUUCGGACUCAACUUUCUUCGUCGCUGGGUAUAAGGACGGAGUUAUACGUGUGUGGAAUAUGAAUUCUAAUAGAUCCUCACUGAUACCAAGUUUGGUAACACCUUUUUUUACCAUAUACCCAAUUCUGACAAAUACAACUAGUUCAGAAGGUCAUUUUUUAAACACGGCAAUCACAUUUAUCGAUUUUGUUCAGCUACGAAACUAUCAAAUAAUCAGCAUCGACGAGUCAGGUAUGGUGCUAUAUCACAAAAUACUGACGAAAUUGAUAAACAAGUAUGUCAAAUCUGAACGGUUGCUAGGGUUUGGUAACUCUAUAAGAAAUGAUGAUACCAAGCUGAAGAUCUUGAAUUUUGGUGCAUUGCCCUUGGGAUCAUCACACCAGAUUACCGACGAGAUGGGCGUUAUAUCAAUAAUGACUUUGGACGCAUUGAUUAUAGUAUCAACCACUUCUAUAAAUGAUCCUGGAAUGAGCAAUGUUCUACCCCAAUUCAAAAUAAAUAGUAGGUCAAAAGAUCCAAGCAGCAUUCAAAGUGAAUCAUUAUCAUUCUCAGCAAUGAAUUGGUUCCCAUGUGUUGACACGCUGAAUGGGAUCAGCAAUGCUAAAUUGGCAUACAGCUGGAACAGUUUGUUGGGCAUAGUUGAAUUGGAUAACAGAAUCCUUCCUCAAAACUUGAUACACAUUGUUCACGAGGCCAGAGAUAAAGAUAAAGCAGUUCCCAAACUACCAUUUCGAAAAACUUGCAAAUGGACAUGUACUGAUGCAAACAUUAUAGAUUUGAAAUGGGCUCUGUCUGAAGUAUUGUGCGUUUUUACACAAAAUCCUGGAGGAAUAGUGGUGAUGAAAACUUUUUAUUACGAUGGCUCAUCGCUUACUCAGAUUGCGCAAGAUGAACUUGGCGAUGGUAUAAAAGAGAUCAAAACUACCAAGCAAAGUCUCCUUGUUUUGAAGAAUUCGGGAUUAUACCUUGGAAGACAGUUGAGCUGGGCUGAUAUAUUGUUGGAAAAGGUUUCCAAAUUAAAGUAUGUUGAGGCACUAAGCAUUGCUGAUGAAUUUUACCAAACUACUUCCAAGGGUAAACUAACAGCAGUUGGGUUGCCUGUUAAUCGAGCAAAAAGAACCAAAGUGCUACGACCUUACUUGAUAGAUAUUAUGAAAGAAUCAAUACCGCAUCUACUAGUUCAGAAUGAUGAUCACGAAAAGAACUUGAAAAUAUACUUCAACAUAAUCACAUAUGUCGGAUCUGCUAAUAUUUUGGAAGAUUUACUCGAGGCAGUGAAUAAUGACGAGGUAUUUUUUGGAGUCUUGGAGUCUUAUUUACUCUUUGACAUAAUUCAAGCUUUACCACCAGCAGUGUUGAAACGCCUUGUAGAGUAUUACGCAUCAAACGAGAAAGGUGAACUACUAACCGAAAUCUUGUGUACAUUGGACAUCAAUAGUCUCGACAUUGACUUAACGAUUCAGUUGUGCAAAAAACACAAGUUGAGAGAUUGUUUGAUCUACAUUUGGAACUCCCUCUUGAAUGAUUACGAGUCACCUUUGAUUGAUUUUAUUGGUGAUUUUCGAGAUCCCAACUUUGCGGAUUCAGAGGACGGUUUAAAGGCUUACGCAUACAUGUCUUACAUACUCACCGGAAGACAGUAUCCUACUGACAAAUACAUUCAGCGCGAAGAGAUGAACGCCAUUAGAUCAGUGUGUGAUAUUUUAUUCUCGAGUAGUGCAAUUGAAAGGAAUGGUAAGGUUGUACCAGCAGCAAACAAUCACACAAUAUUUCCCUACCUUUACACUUUUCUUGAAGCAAACUCAUUUCAAAUGCUAUCUACCCUUAAUGAAUUUUUCGAAUCAUCGUUUUUGAACGAAGAUGCUAGGUACAAUAGACAAUAUUUGAUUGAAGCACUACUAGAUUUAUUCGAUGCAAAUGAGUCGAAUUUUACAAGUUUUGAUAAAUGUCAAUUAGCCAUUUUUAUUGCACGGAAUUAUCCAAAAUACUCUCAGCUCAUAAGACUUUCUGAGUCCACUUUGGAUAAAGUUAUAAACGCUUUAUGUCAAAACUUGGAUGAUUCCAUAGUGGAGGAUUGCGAAUUAGCUUUAGAGAGUCUCGUAUCUCAGUACUUGCCAGAAGAUGAAACAUUUAUCGAGAAAUUGCAGUUGGUCAAGUUUUACAAUGUACUAGGUGAUAUUUUCAAUUCAGAAGGUAAAUACUCGCGUGCUUUGGAAAUGUGGUUAUUGAAGAACGAUAAUGAUGCGAAAGUGAGUCGAGAUGAUGAGCAUAUAACUCAAUUGAUGAACUUGAUUGAAAACUCAUUUACCAAAACCAAAAAUGCCAACGAAAAGAUAAAUAUUAUUAAAGUAUUAAAAGGGAACUUUGCCAAGUUUGUUCGAUUAGAUUAUGACUCAACUUUCUUUAAUUUAAUCAAUAAGUUUGCUCCAAAAUUGCACACAGAGAUUUUAAACGUCAACAAUGAUGAUGAUAAGAAGAACAAGAAUGAUAGCGGCAAUGAUGAUGAUAGUAUUGUUGUUUAUCAGUACAUAACCAAAUUGUUCUCAUUGAGCGGAUACGAACCGGAUCCAUCUAUUAUCACACAAUAUAUAAAAUUGUUGAUUAAAUUUGAUAAGAUGUCUGUAUUUGAAUUUAUCAACCAUUGGAAAGCACACAUAGUAUCAAAUGGAAAUUAUCAGGAGAUAUUACAGCUUCUUCGUGAUAAUUCUAUCAUUAACGGAGAAGCCUGUCUUUUUGCAUUUCAGUCAGAAUUCGAAGCUGCGGUAUCUUGCAUCCUCAACCAUUUGGAAAACUUUCCCGAACCAACCACCAAAAGUAAUCAAUUUGCCGAUUUACUAGGUUAUUGUAUGGAUAUAUGCGAAAGUCCUGAAACUUAUAAUGUACACGUUGAAGAUGGCGUUACCUUGAAUGAGCAAUUAUGGCUUAAAGUUAUAUACACAUUAGUCGAUAUGGCGAGUAGUAGAGAGGGAGAUGCGCGGAAAACCAUUAAUCUUUUUAUUCAUGAUUGUUUCCGCAAGGUGAGUGAACACAAAUUAAACUAUUCUAAAGGAGGGAGCGGAGAAAAGUCCUUUUUGACAAUCUUUAAUAGAUUUCUUCAACAAUAUUCUCAUAAUAAAGACAAUGAUGAUGAUGAUAAUGACACUACUAGUAAUAACAAUAAUAAUAUUCGAGUAAAAUCCGCGACAUUGUCCAAUAUUCGAGGAGUCUUACAAGAAGUCUUCAUUUCAUACUCGUACGAAAGCGAGAUGUUAAAAAUAUCACUAAAAAUGUUGAAUGAUGACGUUUACAAAACAAUGCUCGUUAUAAGGAAUAAUCGAUUGAGAGGGCUUAUUUUGAAAGCAGCUCAAGCGUGUGCUUCAUGUGGAAAAAUAAUGGGUGGUGAAGAAGGAGAAGAUGGUGGUCUUUCUAGUGCCACUUACGAACAGCAUAUCCUUGCAUGGGAAGAUCGCGAGCGUAACAAACUACCCAUGUCGCAACCAAUGGAUAAAAAGAAUGGAAAAGACGAUAUAGAGGCUAGGUUCCAUUCACUAAAGCUACUUUAUUUCGAGUGUGGACACAGUUACCAUUCGACAUGUUUGAAAAAGUUACUGAAAACAAAAACAUGCAUCAUUUGUGAUUGA